CGGGCACCUUUACCGACACAAGAACAUGACGACCGAGAGGAGGCACGCGCCGAGGUGGAUGUGGAAGGUCGUCGCUGUGUGCAUAGCGUCAGGAAUGGUGGGUUACUUUCUACCGCUCUUGCUGACGGAGUCACCGGAACAGAGACGCGCGACCCUCGUCACCACACAGACGGUUCUGCUGCAGCGAGAGCACACGAUUCGUCAAAAAUUUAACGCCCUCAAGGCGGACGUUGCGGCGUUUGAGGCGGCAGUCGGCGAUAUCUGGAAAGUUGCAGCGCUGCGCAAGCUGCGAGAGGAUCACAUGCUGCGAGAGAGCGAUGAGCAUGUGGACGCGAUCAAGAAGGUGAUGGUGGAACGAAGAGCGGAUAUGGAAUCCCUGCUCGUCGACACUACUCGCAGCAUCCGGGACGCAAUUAGCAUGCUUCGCGAUCGAACUGUGUGCCCUUCAACCGAACACCCUUCUCAGCUAGAUAAUCUGGGCAAGGUACCCAACCGCAUCGUGACCGUCGACAGCCCUGAUGCCGACCCACCGUCCGGGGACACCACAACGACCAGCGCAACGACAGACGUUUCCUCAUCGGCGCAUGCCAAAGCAGCUCAUCCUCAAGUCACGAUUAUUGCUCCACCCACUCCCUCGCGCGAGAAGCAGACCGCGACUCCAUCAAGCCCGUCGCAACGACCGCCAACCAGUCGACCAAAAGCAGAAUCAUCCCCCUCGCGACCACCCCGCGAAUUCCCCAUCACAUUCCUUCAAGCGGCGAUGGUUUUCUUCGCAGCCCUGGUAACUCUCGUGGCAUUUAGCCUCAUCAGUGAGUUCCACCGGCGUGGCGGCGACCACGACUAUUCGAUUGAGGGGUUCUUCUCGCCUCCACGAAAGAAGCAUCCACCCGUCGAUGCGGCACCGCACCCCGUGGCCCCGCCGCGCACGGACAAGGCAACCUCGGCCAUGGACAACUUUCUCGCUGCGUCCGGCAGCUACUACGCCAUGCAGCUUCCACACGAGGAAAGUGGUCUGAUGGAAGCAACUCCCGUGCGGCGAUCGCGGCGAUUGAAUCGGUCUGCGGGUGUGCCACCGACGCACGUUUGAGAUCGCGGCUUCGAUCCGACAGACUCUUUGUCGUCGUGCCAUCCAGUCCACGGAUUCCGACUGAAAACGCAAAAGCGCCGCCCGACAACGUCGGCUCCAUGACUCGGUCCGUCAUGGUCAUCUACCCUCGGAGUAGUCCCAUAUAACAUGCUGGAAAUGAGAUAACGGACUCGAGUGCGACACAA